GCCAUGGCGGCGGCGCGGCGCCGUGCGCAUGUGCGGGGCCCAUGGCGAGACAAGGGGCCGAGCGCGCGCAGGGCGGCCCGGUGCGGAGAGGGCUCUGAAGGCCGGAGGGACGCUGGUCCGCGGCUGGCGCCGCUGAUGCCCGUCGGAGCGGAGCGAUGAAGGGGCAGCAGAAAGCAGCCGAGACAGAAGAGGGAACGGUGCAGAUCCAAGAAGGUGCAGUGGCCACAGGCGAGGAUCCCACCAGCGUCGCCAUUGCCAGCAUCCAGUCGGCCGCCACCUUCCCCGACCCCAACAUCAAGUAUGUGUUCCGCACAGAGAACGGCGGCACGCAGGUGAUGUACAGGGUGAUCCAGGUGGCCGACGGGCAGCUGGAUGGGCAGACCGAGGGCACCAGCGCCAUCAGCGGCUACCCCGCCGCGCAGUCCAUGACACAGGCCGUCAUCCAGGGCGCCUUCACCAGCGAGGAUGCGGUGGAGACGGAGGCCACAGCCACCGAGACUCACUACACCUACUUCCCCACCGCGGCCGUGGCCGACAGCAGCACGUCGGCGGGCGCGGGGACCACGGCCACGGCGGUCGUCACCACGCAGAACUCGGAGGCGCUGCUGGGGCAGCCCACCCCCACGGGGCAGUUCUUCGUGAUGAUGUCGCCACAGGAGGUGCUGCAGGGGGGCACGCAGAGAUCCAUCGCCCCCCGCGCCCACCCCUACUCCCCGAAGUCGGAGGCCCCACGAGCCACCCGGGAUGAGAAGCGCCGGGCACAGCACAACGAAGUGGAGCGUCGGCGCAGGGACAAGAUCAACAACUGGAUCGUGCAGCUCUCCAAGAUCAUCCCCGACUGCUCCAUGGAGAACACCAAGUCAGGGCAGAGCAAGGGUGGGAUCCUGUCCAAGGCCUGUGACUACAUCCAGGAGCUGCGGCAGAGCAACCACCGUCUGUCCGAGGAGCUGCAGGGCCUGGACCAGCUGCAGAUGGACAACGAGGUGCUGCGGCAGCAGGUGGAGGAUCUGAAGAACAAGAACCUGAUCCUGCGGGCGCAGCUGCGCCAGCACGGCGUGGAGAUCGUCAUCAAGAACGACAGCCACUGACAGCGCCGGGCGGGGGGCCGGGGGCCGCCCCCUCCCCAGCAGCGACCCCUCCCCGCCCUCACGCCGCCACCCUCCCGUUUGGUUUGUGUCCCCUCCCCCAGCGCCCCCCUGCCCAUCCCCGGGGCUCUUCCCCUCCCUGUCCCCCUCGCCAUGGUCCCUGUCCCCCGCUUCCAGCACACGCUCAGCCCAGCCCGGCGCUGCCAUGCCGGGGGUCCCGGUGCCCAGCCCCCAGCCCCUUCCCCCCUGUGCCCGGGGGUCCCGGUGCCCACCCCCCUUCCCUGCUGUGCCCGGGAGUCCCGGUGCCCAGCCCCCUUCCCCGCUGUGCCCCGGGAUCCCGGUGUCCAGCCCCCUCCCCAGUGUGCCCAGGGAUCCCGGUGCCCGGGGGUCCCGGUGCCCACCCCUUUCCCUGCUGUGCCCGGCCCCCCCCCACCCCCAGUGUCACUUUUUUUUAAAACUCUCUGAAUUUAAAAAGCGAAAAUAAAUAAAAAUAGUGAUUUGUUUUUCCA